AUGGAUCACGAGGAGGAGGAUGACCGACAUAUCCGAGACGUGGCUGCUGCGACAGAGUGCCUAUCCAGAUUCUGUACUGCUGCUCGUUUAGAGCGUCUGCGAGAUAUUGUGAACAAGCGCACCAAAUCUGUCCAAUUUGUCUUCGAAAAUGUCGCCAACCCCAACAAUCUAUGGGCGUGUCUUCGAUCUCUGGAUGCUUUCGGAGUUCAGUAUGCACACGUCAUCCUCGAUACUGCUCACUACCGCAAACCGCACCGCCUCGCUCAAGCAAAGAGCGCUAUGGGCUCACAAAAAUGGUUGACCGUCAGGGAGCACCCGAGCGCGUCAGCUUGCGUGGCCGCAUUGAAGAGAGAGGGAUAUUACGUCUUGGCGAGCGACUUGAAGCCGGGCACGUCCCCGAAACCAGUGCAGGAGGUGAAUUGGGCGGCUCAGAAGGUGGCGAUUGUGAUGGGGAACGAAGAAAGGGGCAUCACGGAAGAAAUGCGCUCCUUGUGUGACGGGACGUUCCAGAUUCCGAUGAUGGGCUUCGCGGAAAGCUUCAAUUUAUCCGGGAGUACUGCAGUGACGUUGGCUUUCGUGAGCUCCAUGGGAGGUCUGAAGCACGGAGACCUGCCGACAGCCGAGAAGAACCUGUUGUUGCUACGGUGGCUGCUGAGAUCGGUGCCGCAAGGGCCGGCGAUCUUGAGGCGGGAGGGUUUGCUGAUUGAGGACGAGGGUUUCUUGCCGACAUCUAAGGCAGUGCUUGGUUACAACCUAGGGGGGUAA